CUCUCUCUCAUGGCUCGUACAAAGCAAACCGCUCGCAAGUCCACCGGCGGAAAGGCACCGAGGAAGACGCUCGCCACCAAGGCAGCACGGAAAUCCACUCCGACAACCGGCGGAGUCAAGAAGCCUCAUCGCUAUCGCCCUGGAACCGUUGCUCUUCGUGAGAUCAGGAAAUACCAAAAGAGCACUGAUCUUCUCAUCCGCAAGCUUCCAUUCCAGCGUCUUGUUCGUGAGAUUGCGCAGGAUUUCAAGACUGAUCUGAGGUUCCAGAGCCAUGCUGUUCUUGCUCUUCAGGAAGCCGCUGAGGCGUAUCUGGUGGGUUUGUUCGAGGAUACCAACCUGUGUGCCAUUCAUGCCAAGAGGGUCACCAUCAUGCCCAAGGAUGUUCAACUUGCCCGCCGUAUCCGUGGUGAACGUGCUUAG